GUCAGAUUGAGUCUUGAUAUGAGAUGAGAUUCAAAUUUUAAAAAUUUAAAUGCAGCUGGUUGAUCAAUAAUACAAUUUUACCGAUUUCUGAGUUAAACUACAUUAAAGUUACAUUUAAACUAAAGGAAAAGUUAAAAAUGGUUCGCGUAAUAAGCCAGGAGACAUAUGAUGAGGUGGUUAAAGAAAAUAUGGAUGAGUUAGAUAUGACUCCAGAGGAAGCAAUAAAAGAAGCUAUAGCCCAAUUUGAAGCGCAGGGUGUAGAUCUGUCAAACAUUAUGAAAGAUUUGGCAUUGGGUUCUGGAGAUGAUCACCUAAUAAGUGUAAUUGUUUGUAAAUUGAAGGAGUCAAUCAAAGUGGAUCAAGAUGAAGCUCUUAAUCAUCUUGAUAUUUUUAUUAAUGAAUGCAAUAAAGACAUUGCACAUAGACUUAAAGCGGGAAAGGAUGGCGCUUAUAAUGUCUUAAUAGAACUGCUGGAAUCUAAAUAUAAGGCAUAUACGACAGACUUGUGUAAAGAUGAACAGGUCCUUGUAAAAGUAAUAGAUUCUGUUGUAUCAUUAUUGAAUGGGCAACCAGAUCUCUUGGAUCAGAAUGGUGUACAUUUAAUAAAAAGAUUGCUAGACAAUACCAACAAUGCAGAAAUACUAACGGCUACGCUACGAUUAAUAAAUGUGUGUUGUUUGAAACACGAGAAGAAUCGCCAGAAUAUAUACAAUACCAAUAUUAUCGACAAUUUGAAACACAUACUCAGUGUAAAAGAAAACAAGAAGUUGCUCGGCGAAUGUCUUCAAGUAGUGCGCCGUCUCUGUCUAGACGACGAUGUGCGCAUCGAGUUCGGCAAAGCGCACGAACACGCCCGAGAGCUUGGCAGCCAUUUGCUGGAGCAACUUACGAUAUUAUUACAAGAAAAUACAAAACCGCCGUUAGUUUCGGAAUUGAUGCUCACGAUGGCAACACUGCUGGUACGGAACGAGCUGUGCGCUAAGGUGGCGGAGGCUGACAAUGGUGUGUUGUUCACUGUGCUUGCAGACAACUUCGAUAAUGUCGGUGUAGUGCAGCAAGCCAAUAAGUUGAUAGCAGCACUGGCAGGAAAUGAUGAUGUGAAGCGACAGUUGGUGAAGAGUGGCAUCGUGCCAGUCUCUGUGGCGCUCCUGUCUCGGCACUGUAGUAAUCCAACAGCGACGGCGCUAUCAUUGAAGUGUAUUGCCGCGCUCACGUUGAGAGAACCGAGCCACAGUGUGCAGUUCGUGGAGAACGGCGUCGCGGAGGCAAUAGUGCACUGUCUUAAAGUACAUCAGCAUAAUGCAACUGUCCAGAAAAACGGUUGCUGGGCAGUCCGUAACAUAGUAGCCCGCUGUCGAGAUCUGAAUGCAAAGUUCCUUGAGUUAGGAAUAGAAGCCGUAUUGACUAAGACGUUGGAGCUAUUUUCAUCUGAAUUCGGUUUCGAUAUCAAAUCGGCUUUGCGAGAUUUGGAAUGUGAUGUGAAGUUAGAUGAGCAAUGGACUGGGAAGGGAGUGGAGAUAGAUCAAUAGUAGACAAAGGUAACGUGAGCCCGACUGUGACAAGAAUCGAACAAACAUCGCACGAUAUUAUCUCUGUAUUUUAUUAAAAUUCUGGGAGAAUGUCUUGUGCACUUAAUUAUUUAUAUUAGAUUGAUUUGUCUGUAUGUAUGUAUAUAUGUAAUUGAAUUUUAAUCUACUUCCAAACGUCAGAUUAAUUUGAAACUUGGCACAAUUUUAAUUUAUUUGGUCUUGUAUCCAAACCAAGAUCACCAGGAUAGUAAUAAAAUACGCCUAACAAACGAUAUAACCAGGAGUCACUGUUUUGACUCUAAUAAGCGAAACAGCAAACUGACCUAAAUAUUUAAAUUUCAUGAAUAAAUAUCCGAAGUGUUAAAAUUCUGCAAACACGGCCUACAGUUGGGGGUAUAAUGGGUCCUUCAACGAAGAAUACCAAACUUGACUCAACGAUCGUGUUAAGUAUAUUAUAAAUAAAUCAAAUAUGUGGUGGUGUAGCCCAUGUUCCACCGGAGUUGAUAUUCAUUUGCCGCGCGAGGCAAUUCUUCUUUUCAAUCGUUCACUCUUGUCAGAGUGGUCGUGGUUGCCAAGAUGACGCAACAUUAGUCGCCGUUGGUCUCCACAGUUAUGGGUCGCACUGCCUCCCUCGCGAUGCUCCUCCACUUUAGACGGUUUGCAGCAUUGCGGGAGCACUCCACAACAGGUGUCUGGGUCACUGUUUUGAUAAGGUCCGUCCAUCGUGUGGGUGAGCGUCCUGUCGCUCUUUUCCCCUCCACCUUCCCCUGCACUAUCAACCGCUCAAUCGAUCCUUCAUUUCUGGAGAUGUGACCAAAGAACUACAGAAUUCGUAGUUGCACAGUCGACGAUAGCCUUUCUUUUAUCUUCAGUUCUUUUAAGAUGGAAUUGUUGGUUCGGAAAGCAGCCCAAGGGAUCUUCAGGAGUCGUCUCCAACACCACAUCUCUAUGGCAUCAAUUUUGCGGCGGUCUUGAAGUCUAGGGGACCAGCUUUCAGCCCCGCGAGGCAAUAUGUUGAUAUAAAUUAUGUAGAACGCGAUUGCCGCGCGUGGAAGUAUAUCCAGCUUGAACAGCUAUUCGCAACUAGACAGACCGGUUCAUUAUUGUAAACCAAAUUAGCAGUAAAUAUGAAAUUUCUGGCAUCUGGAUACUAGCCUGCAAUGCCUUUUUCGAGUAUGGAAACAGGCAAUUUCAUUGUCAAUUGUCUAUGUCGUAACAUAGACAAUUAUUCGCCGCGCGAGCUAACUCACCAAAACCACAACCGUCCCAACUACGCGCGAGCGAACGAUACCUGAAGCUCCUUUAUUUAAGCGUUCUCAAAAACUUAGCCGCGCGUAAUUUGGACGCACCUUGAAACCCCACUGAAACCAAUUUGAUACUUGUUUUGCCUCUACACGAGGCAUUCUUAGGAGCUAUUGCCUCGCCGAACUCGAAAAAAUUACUGUAUUCUGUAUAACCAGAAAAAUACAUUACAAAAAAACGUGACAAGACUAUAAUACGUCAUUGUAAAAUAUAGCUUACAAUUCUUAAACAUAUUGCAGAUGUUAUAAUUAAUGUCGAUUUAAAAAUAUUAAGGGGCUGUUUCACACUGUCCAAGUAAAGUAACAGAUUUUCAUACGCUAGAUAAAUUAAUUUCUUUAUAAAAGUUCCACAUAAAACAGAUUACGUUUCCCAAUCACUUCACCGCGGUAUUUAUUUACUAGAUGACUUCUCUGGAAAUUUGGUCAGGCAAUCUCGCACUCAAUAGUUCCGUUUGACGAAGUAAAAUAUUAAAAAAAAACUGUUUCUUAUACGAAAUAACGUAACAUAAGCUUAAUGGCUUUUAAUGAUAAUAUUAUUUAAUAUUGUACAGUUUUCUAUUUGCUUAAAUUCUCUGAAUAGCACUUCUACCAUUAUUAUCACAAUAAAAUCAAUCAUCUUUUUCGUAUAACGAAAUUUGAGAGUGUCAACUAAUCAAUUGUCAUGAGCCUUUCAUAACUGUCCAAAGGUCAUAAUAUAAACAAACCAUGUACCAAACAUUAUAGUAGAGGAGCCCAAGUGGGGAUUUUGGGAUUUACUCGAGUGCGUCAGAAUACAAUAAGAGGGUUUAACUUGCACCUUGUGAAAUAUUCCCACCAUACCUGAGCCCAGGCAUAUAGGUAGGGCUCAUAUAGGGUCGAACGUCUAGAGCAGCCGAUCAGAUUAGUAAAAAAAUUGAUCGUUAGAACAACUUCAGCGUAUCAGAUUGAGGUAAGGUAAGUUAAUUAUAUUCAGUAACUGUACAUUUAAAUAAUCUAACAAUUUGAGCGUUACAUAAGGAUAUCGCAAAGUCACAACGUUCCAAACCGAAUAUUUUAAACCAAGUAAGGUUAUGGGAAUUCCUCCACAUAAUUGUCAGAUUAUGGGUCAAGAUGACAAGGACAUUAAAAUGAACUGUCUGUAUUAUAAUAUGACGCUCUUGAGUAGUUCAUGGUCACUAUUUUGUUUUGGCAUUUUCAAAAAUCGUUCAUUAACUUUGGUCACGUCUAUCUAGUCUUGAAUAUGAGCUACAAUAGGGUUCAUUUAAAAUGUCGUCUCAAUGACGCGCUAUAUAAGAUUUUUUCUCCAUGUUCUACCCCUUUGUAUAACCAUCCCCACCAUGCAAACCUGCAGAUUAAUAUUUUUCCCUUAUCAGAAACACGUGGGACGCAUACACUGUUAUAUCUGAAGCUAUGAGUAUUUCUAUGUGACUGCUUUUACAUGUGACAGGGUAAACAUCAUGUAAACCUAUUUUUCUUUUUAGCAUCUAAUCCUCAUAAUCCAAUAGGUUCCACGACGAUCGAGUAAAUCUCUAUUUAGCUCUUGGCCUCCCCUACCAUUAUAUAAAUUGACAUCAUUUUGUCAAAUGCUUUUCAGGCUAUCCAGUACCCGGCAGAUAACUAUGAUAUCUUCUACUACAUCUAUCCUAUAAUUUAAGUGACGCUUACUGCUAUAUAACACGAUUUAUGUAAUGUCAAUCGCAAAUGAUGUGUUGAUAAAUAAGUAGCAAGUAGCCUAUUCGUAACAUUACUUGGACAUUGUGAAGCAGCGUCUAAGGCUGGGUUGCAUCAACUAACUUUAGCAAUAACAAACAUGUCAAAGUACUGGUUAAGCAAAAAAUGUGUUGAACCAUUUGAGAAUUUUUAGAUGACGUCAUAACUUUAACUGUUAACCAUUACCGUCCAAUCUUCGCCGGUUAAAGCUAUUGUUAAUGUUAAAUAGCGACCUGUCAAAAGUGUCGAAUAAAUAUUCGAUAUUUAAAAUUUGUCUUAUCAAAAAAAUACAUACCUGCAGAAUCGAGAAAUGGGGUCUUGUACUAUCAUAAUAUGUCACUUUUUAACUUUAACAAUGAUGCCAAGGAAUAUGAUGGUGCCACAAACUCCGCAAUCUAUGUUAAAGUCGUCAGCGCAACAGUUAUAGUUUAAUGCAACCCAGGCUGUGUCAAAGACAUGAUUCGGUACCUUAAAGGUCAAAAAAAUUGAAACAUUAUUAUUAUUAAAACAAUUUUUGUAUGUAAUGUAUGUAAUAAUUAACUGGAUAAUUAUUUUAACCCAAUUUUUAGUAUUAUUUGAUUAAAAGGCAUUAAUUUUAGAUCAAAUACCUAAUUUAAAACAGAUAAUAAAUAAUCUAUGUUUUCAUUUUAACACUACUAUGUGAGAUUGGAAUUUAUCGAGAUUGCAAAUUUUUAUUUUUUCACUUCUAUUUAUCUCGUAAUACGUACGCGCUAAUACUAAUUAUAAUAAAUUUA